UACCGGAGAGGUUUUAGGUUCCCAGUAUUUGCACUCUCUUACUUUCAGUUUGUGCCUUUGAAGUCACUUCCGCUUUGGGCGGACACAUGCCAAACGUAUGGCGGGAGUGGAGACCAGCGAAUACACCAGGAUCAUCAUGCCUAGAGUUAAUAAUAUCAAAAAAUCUCUUAUGUCUGAGACUUCUUGUUUGACAAGCAAAUCUUAUACACAGCUGGAUUUUUUGCCUGACAAGCUAAGAGCAAAGCUGCUCCCUUUCCAGAAAGAUGGCAUCACUUUUGCCCUCAGAAGAAAUGGCAGGUGUAUGGUGGCUGAUGAAAUGGGUCUAGGAAAGACAAUCCAGGCAAUUGCCAUCGUUUAUUUCUAUAAGGAGGAAUGGCCUCUUUUAAUAGUGGUCCCUUCAUCACUGAGGUACCCUUGGACAGAAGAAAUAGAGAAAUGGAUCCCAGAGCUAGACCCAGAAGAAAUCAAUGUUAUUCAGAAUAAAACUGAUGUCAGGAGAAUAUCGACCAGCAGAGUGACAGUCCUAGGUUAUGGUCUUUUAACCACAGAUGCAGAGACUUUGAUAGAUACUCUGAAUAAUCAGAACUUCAGAGUAGUUAUAGUGGAUGAAUCACACUACAUGAAGUCCAGAAAUGCAAACCGCAGCAAGAUUUUAUUGCCACUAGUACAGAAAGCCAAACGAGCCAUUCUUCUUACAGGAACUCCAGCUCUGGGAAGGCCUGAAGAGCUUUUCAUGCAGAUUGAAGCUCUCUUUCCACAAAAAUUUGGAACGUGGACUGACUAUGCUAAAAGAUACUGUAAUGCACGUAUCAGAUAUUUUGGUAAAAGGUGUCAGUGGGAUUGUAGAGGGGCAUCAAAUCUUAAUGAACUUCAUCAGCUAUUAAGUGAUAUAAUGAUUAGAAGAUUAAAGACUGACGUUUUAACCCAACUGCCCCCUAAAAUCAGACAACGUAUUCCAUUUGAUCUCCCAUCAGCAGCAGCCAAGGAAUUAAAUGCAAGCUUUGAAGAGUGGGAAAAAUUAAUGAGAGUCCCAGAUUCAGGUGCCACAGAGAGUGUCGUGGGGCUGAUUACUCGCAUGUUCAAACAAACUGCUGUUGCCAAGGCAGGUGCUGUAAAGGACUAUAUUAAGAUGAUACUUCAGAACGAUUCACUUAAAUUUCUGGUUUUUGCUCACCAUUUAAGCAUGCUCCAAGCUUGUACAGAAGCAGUCAUAGAAAACAAGACUCGUUACAUUAGAAUAGAUGGAAGUGUUCCAUCUGCAGAAAGAAUACGUCUGGUUAAUCAAUUUCAAAAGGAUCCUGAUACUCGUGUGGCCAUCCUGAGCAUUCAGGCUGCUGGUCAGGGUUUGACAUUUACUGCUGCAACCCAUGUCGUAUUUGCUGAGUUGUAUUGGGAUCCUGGACAUAUAAAACAAGCAGAAGACCGUGCUCACCGAAUUGGACAGUGCAAUUCUGUGAAUAUUCACUACCUCAUUGCAAAUGGGACUCUAGACACUCUUAUGUGGGGGAUGUUGAAUCGAAAGGCUCAGAUUACUGGGAGCACACUGAAUGGUAGGAAGGAACAACUUAAGGCUGAGGAAGGUGAUAAAGAAAAAUGGGAUUUUCUGCAGUUUGCUGAAGCUUGGACUCCAAAUGAAAGUUCUGAAGAGCUCAGGAAUGAAAUUUUGUUCACUCAUUUUGAAAAGGAAAAACAGCAUGAUAUUCGAUCAUUCUUUUUACCAAAACCUAAGAAAAGACAGUUGGUGACCUCCUGUGAUGAAUCCAGAAUAUUCCAGGAGAAAAAUACUGUAGCACCAGUAGACCCUGAAAGAGUAGCCACAAGAGAUAUCAUUGAUUAUGAAAGCAAUUUUGAACCUGAAGCUAAAAGAUUGAAGUCAGUCACCACCGGUGACCACUGCAGUCCCCUGGAGGAGAAACCCUCCUGGCCCAGGAAGACCCGAGCUCUAGCCCAGACAGCCACCUCACCCCUUACUGGAAAGGGCUGGCAGUGUGGUUUCUGCACCUAUAUCAAUAACUCAGUGUUACCUUACUGUGAGAUGUGUGAGAAUCCUCAAGGCAGUGCUGAUAACCUCAACUGCACCCAGACUAAAGACAAAAAUGAGAAAGAUGAUUUUCAGAAAGAAACCUCCAAAAAAGUUUGUACCAGUUCUGACUCUGUUAAGCAAGUUCUUGUACAAUCAGAACCUGAACAAUUGGCUGAGAACAAGGAAGAAAUAUCAGAAAUCGAGAGGGAACACAGAUUCACAAUCCAGCGAGGGAAUGAACAGUUGAAGAGUUCAGACAGUUUGCCAGUUUAUGACACACUGAUGUUUCGUGCAAGUAAGAAUACCGACCGGAUUCACCUCUAUACUAAGGAUGGAAACCAGAUGAACUGUAAUUUCAUUCCUUUGGAUAUAAAAUUAGACCUUUGGGAAGAUUUACCAGCAAGUUUUCAGCUGAAACAAAAUCGCUCGCUGAUUUUGAGGUUUGUCCGUGAAUGGAGUGGUCUCACCGCCAUGAAGCAAAGGGUCGUCAGGAGAAGCGGGCAGCUGUUCCACAGCCCGCUUCUUGCUUUGGAAGAGAGCACAAAACAGCAGCGCAAACAAAGCAGUACCAAAAGAUACAUAACCAAAGAAGAUGUUGCUGGGGCCUCAAUGGAGAAGCUGAAGAAUGACGGGGGCCAUGUCCGUCUGAUCACAAAGGAGCCCAGGCCAAGGGACCUUUCCACAAAAAAGUUUCUUGAGGAUGGAGCCUGUGUCCCAUCUCUAAAUCCCUGCAUAGCCCAAGCUGAUCUCAGAGUGAAGCCUUCUACAUCCAAAGGCUAUUUGCAAGCUGUGGAUAAUGAAGGAAAUCCACUUUGCCUUCGCUGUCAGCAACCCACUUACCAAACUAAGCAAGAGUGUAAAGUGAGCACUUGGGAUUCACGGUUUUGCUCUCUGAAAUGUCAGGAGGAAUUUUGGAUUCGAUCUAAUAAUGGUUACCUGCGAGCCAAAGUAUUUGAAAUUGAACAUGGUGUGUGCCAGCUAUGUAAUCUGAAUGCACAAGAACUCUUUUUAUGUAUGAGAGAUGCCCCUAAAACUCAGAGGAAGAAUCUUCUGGAUAUAUUCUGGACUUCAAAGCUCCCAUUAGAACAGCUUAAUGAAAUGAUAAGAAACCCGAGGGAAGGGCAUUUCUGGCAGGUGGAUCACAUCAGGCCAGUGUCCAGUGGAGGAGGACAGUGCUCCUUGGACAACCUGCAGACACUCUGCACCAUCUGUCACAGAGAGAGAACUGCCAGACAAGCCAAAGAAAGAAGCCAAGUGAGAAGAGACUCUCUAGCAUCAAAGUAUGGAUCAGAUAUCACACGAUUUUUAGUAAAGAAAUGAAGUAUGAAGAAUUUUGAGUGGAUGGCAAAUGACUUGCAUGUGGAAGAAUUUAACACACAUUUUUUUUCAUGUUUGUCUAAUAUUUUAAGUGAAAAUUUUCAGAACAAAAAUCAAGGAUUCAGUUGCCCUUUUCAUAGUAGAUACUUUUAGUGUUCAAUACCUGUUGAAAGUACCUAAUUGAGAUUCAGCAUUAAAUAUUUCCAUGAUCUUGAUUUCAUACAAAAAUUGUGUUGCAGUUUGGUUUUGUUAAGCUUUCAUUUCCACCUACUAUGGUGUUAAUUUUGAUAUUAUGCAUAGACUGUAUUUGAAAAAUACUACUCUCAAUCACAUAAAAAAAUGCUGCUGGAUUAGUAUUGGUUCUGGACUGUUGUGAUAUAAAUGCAACAUUGGAAAACAAUAAAAGACAUUUCAGAGACAAAUCAUCAUCAUUCAAGAAUUCCGGGCCAAGGAAUUCUGUGAUCAGCUUUCUUAGUAUGCUAGAGAGACUCUUAUUCACUGAACGCCUCCAAAAUGGACUUGGGGUUCACAUUUUGAGUGUUGCCUCUUUGUUUUCCUUCUUGGCCAGUUGUCUUUAUUCAAACAAUCUUUUUGAAAAUAAGCUAACGAGACCUAUGGUAUUUGUAAACAAUUCAGGGGUUCUGGGUAAAAUAAUUUUUAAAAAUAUUUGAAACAGAAAACAUAAAAUGUAAAAUGCCACAAACUUCAUUUUUUAGUUUCUUUGUUUUAAUGCAUGAAACUGUGCUUACUGAAAACCUUUUGUUUCCUGGUUAUCAUUUUCUGUUUUUAAAAUCCUAUUCUAUUAAAGGUGUAU